CCCAUGCCAAGACCCAGUUAAGGACACAGAAGACCAACAAGUCAAAGUCUGAAGAUGGGAAAAGUCCAUUUGGUAUUGGCCACAGUGCUGCUGUGCUCCGCGUUUGUCACAGCGCAGGUGAAGCCAAAUGAAGAGAUCGGCCGAGUUACAGUCCAGGUGCCGUUGCUGUCAAAUGGAAAGCCCGUCAUGAGCCAAGAUAAGGAAUUGGUGGAGGUAGCACGUGUGGUGGAGGUCAAUCCGGGCAAGCUGACGCCAGAAGAGGUUGUGGUGCCCCUAGUCAAGGUACGCAACAUGAGAGCUAUUCGGGACACUGAGAAUCCGGGUGUGCCCAAUCCUGGUAUCCCGAACCCUGGCAUGCCCAAUCCUGGUAUUCCAAACCUUGGCAUGCCCAAUCCUGGUAUUCCAAACCGCGGUAUGCCCAAUCCAGGAAUCGAAAAUCCCGGCAUGCCCAAUCCUGGUAUCCCGAACCCUGGCAUGCCCAAUCCUGGUAUUCCAAACCGCGGUAUGCCCAAUCCAGGAAUCGAAACCCAGCCUCACGGUUCAUUGCGUCAGCUGCAGUUCCUUGCGCUCCGCCUUGCUGCAGAGCGGCUGAUAGCCCCGGGUGCAGCGAUAGUUCUCGACGACGUUGAAGCGCUUCUGAGGAUUGCGACAGUUGUAGGCGGCCAUGGUGCAGCGACUGGUGAACAGCUGCAGGCAUUGACCAUUGUGGGCGCAGACCUCGACGUCCUGAUCGGAUCAUAUAAAAACUGGCUCCUGCCAACGAAAGUCAAACAGAACGACAUCGAACGUUGUGCAGUUGAGUUGUACAGAGUGUGGAACGCAAGUGGAUUGUAUACUAAGAACGAGUCUGAUUUGUGGAUUAUAAGAGACAAAAUGCGCGCUCUGUUGAUAUUUGCUCUGCUUGCGCUGACUCAGGCCGCGCAGCUGGAUAAGCAGGAGCCCAAUGAGCUGCCUGCGCACGUGCAGACGCUGAUAACGAAUCACAUCAAUCAAGUGCUGGCGCAGACGCCGCAUGGUCAGGUUGCAACUCUCACGGGCCACGUGCCACAGGCUGGGGCAGCAGCAAAUAAGGGCAAUGAUGUGGCUGUGCCCCAUUUGGAUUUGCUGCCGCCGCACGUGGAGCCAACGAAGCUGCCGCAGGUGAUAAAUCACCGGGCCACGGCCACAUGGCAACCUGCUGCUGGCUACAACAAAGUGGUGAUGCCGCCAGUGGCGGAAAUUGUGGUCUCAGUGCCCGGCCAAGCGCCGCUGGACAUUGGCGACAAGGUCAGCAAGGUGCAACAAAAAGUCGCCUAUGUGAUGCAACAGGCGCAGACGCACAUACCCCAAGCCAUCAAUCAGGCGAUCAAAGAGCGCCAAAAGCUCGAGGCGCAAAAGCACAAACAAGGCAGCACCACCAGCAGUAGCACCAGCACCAGCACCAGCACCACAACCACCAGCACCACAACCAAUAAGCCAGCCCACCAUGCCGCUCGUCUGCUGUCCGAUGUCGAGGAAGUGCCCAAGCUGCUCGACCAUCAGCUGGAGCUGAAGAAGCUGGGCAAAUGCAACUACCAGUGCCCAGAGAAAUCCCUGCCCGUCUGUGCUUCCAAUGGCAACUGUGUGGUCGAGUUUGCAGGACAAUGCGAGCUGAGUGAAUGGAACUGCUUCAAUACCAAGAAUGUAUUCACUCAAGUGCAUGAUGAUGAGUGCAAUAAGACUAUCAAGUGUUACGAUCGUGAUAAUGCCUAAGGAGAGAAAUGGAG